AUGAACCAUGUUGAUUCCGACUCGCGGCGAGCAGACUAUGCGGGAGAUGUACAAGCCACAGACGAGGAGCUCAAGACCAUCUGGCAUUGGAACUCCUCAUUGCCACGACCCAUCGAUGGCCUGAUCCACGAUCUCAUUCGUGAGCGCGCUCAGGAGCGACCAGACGCUCCAGCAGUCCACGCUUGGGAUGGCAAUCUCACAUAUUCCCAGCUCGAUGCCGCAGCUGGUAGAUUGGCUCAUCUUCUUGCAUCUCGUGGCGUGGCCGAAGGAGACAUUGUGGCCAUCUACCUGAAGAAGAGCAAAUGGACUCCGAUCGCUAUGCUCAGUAUCAUCAAAUCAGGAGCUACUGCUGUGACGCUGGAUGCCAGUCAUCCCGCAUCUCGAUCAAAAAAUAUCCUAGAACAGACGAACGUGCGCCUGAUCCUCACAUCGUCGGAUCUGCGGUCUGGCAUGCCAGGAUUUGAGCGAUGCCAGGGUAUUGAAUUGGACACUCACAUACUUGACUCGCUGGAGACCGAAUACCUGCACCGGGAGGUUGUGCCUUCGCGCUUCGUCUAUAUCAGCUUCACAUCAGGAACUACCGGACAGCCAAAGGGUGCAUGCAUGAGCCACACCAAUGUCAGGAGCGCUAUUUACUACCAAGGGCAGGACCUCGGAUUUCACAACGCCUCUCGUGUACUAGAUUUCGCUCCAUACUCGUUCGAUGUGGCAUGGAGCAACUUUCUGCAUACUAUCUGCGCUGGUGGUUGCCUUUGCAUUGCCAAAGAAGAGGACAUGCUGGAGAAUCUGGCCCAUGUUCUUUCUUCCUAUCGUUGCACGUUAGUCAACCUCACCCCAACUGUGCUACGGACAGUGCACCCGAACCCAACGACACUCGAGACCAUACUACUGAGUGGAGAGCCUCCGUACCCCGAGAACAUCUCGCAGUGGGCUCACCGUGUACGGCUGCUGAAUACGUAUGGCCCAGCAGAGUGCACUUUCAAAUCCACAUUCUCUCUCGUCCAAAGCAGGGCCACCGAACGUCCUAGCAUUGGCGCAGGAGUGGGAUCAUGUACUUGGCUAGUUGACCUUGCGGAUAACUCCCGUCUCGUCUCGCUCGGUGCCGUAGGUGAGCUCUUUCUCGAGGGACCGCUCGUGGGCCAGGGUUACAUUGCGAACCCAGAGCUGACUGCUGCUGCGUUCGUUGUCGACCCUCCCUGGCUGCUACACGGAUGCACUUCCCAUCCUGGAAGACGAGGCAGGCUGUAUAAGACAGGAGACCUUGCCAGAUACGAUGCCGAUGGGAAGCUGAUUUUCGUGGGUCGUAAAGACACUGCACAGGUGAAAAUCAGAGGUCAAAGAGUUGAGAUGGCCGAUGUCGAGCAUCAUGCCCGCACUUCACUCCCUCCAGGACACUCUGCUCUUGUCGAUGUUGUUCGUCCAACUGACACCGACUCUCCCUGUCUUACGCUGUUCAUCGAACUUGCGGGGCAUGCAGUAGCCGAAAGCAAGUCCAUUGUGGCCGAGCUCAGUCGCGAGCUGACGCACUGUCUCCCGGGCUUCAUGAUCCCUACGCUGUACUAUCCAGUCGAUCAGAUUCCUCGUGCUGCUACAGGCAAAGCAAAUCGCCGUGCGUUGCGUGAUCAAGCCAGCGCAAUGACGAUGGCUCAGCUGCUGGAAAGACAAGCGACCAUUCUUGAUCGUUCCGCAUAUGUUGAACCCCAGAACAAUAUCGAACAAACGCUCCGCAACAUCUGGGCCAAGGUUCUGCAUGUCCCUGCCACGACCAUUAGCACGCUGGAUAAUUUCUUGCGUUUAGGGGGAGACUCAAUAAGGGCCAUUUGGAUGAUAUCUGCAGCCCGAGAUCAGCACUUGAGCAUGUCGAUCUCGAAUGUCUUUCACGCUGCGACCCUUCGUGAUCUGGCCAUGACCGUACGGUCGACAGAUCAAAAAGGGCUGCUACCAAGCAUUGAGCCAUUCAGCCUGCUUCCGCCUACCUUUGAUCGCGAGAGCAUACGUCGAGCUGCUGCGGCCUCGCUCGAUGUUGGAGCGGAAAACAUCGAAGACAUAUUCCCAUGCACUCCGAUGCAGCAGGGCAUGAUAGCGAUGACUUCUGUGAACCAGAAUAGCUACAUAUGGAGCUGCUCCUACCAGCUUCCGCUAGCGGUCGACCUAGAGGCCCUCGAGCUUGCUUGGACGAAGGUCGUGAGGGCCGCGGCUGUGCUACGCAGCCGUAUAUUACACGUCGAGAGCGGUGAUCUUGUUCAAGUCGUGGUUCGUCAUGAUCGAUCUGCGAAAGUGUGGGAUGAGAACGUGGAAGAAUUCUCGUCUAUGGGCCUUGGAACACCUCUGUUCAGACUGGGCAUUGGGCGUGAUAAACGAGGUCACGUACUUCAUGUGCAGAUGCACCACGCAGUGUUCGAUGGCUGGAGCCGAUCUGUAAUCUUUCGAGAUGUAGAAGAUGUCUACCGUCAACCUUCCGCUCCGCCUCGCCUGGCGCGUUUCCAGCCAUUCGUGCGUUUCGCGCUGGAGCAAAUCGAACAGCUACGCACUACAAAGUAUUGGGAUGAGCAGCUCCGCGACUGUCAGCUCGUAUGCUUCCCACCCGUGAACGAUAUGAAAGGAGCAAAGGAAGACUUACAUGUUACCAUCACCAAUCUACAGCGGCCACCGACGGGUGUAACACCCUCCUCCAUAAUUCGCGCUGCCCUGGCGCUACUUGUAGCCAAGUACACGAAUUCGGACGAGGUUGUUUUCGGAGCGACUAUUAGUGGACGACAAGCAUGUGUACCUGACAUAGAAUUGGUUGCAGGACCCACGUUCGCAGUUGUACCAGUGCGCGUCAAUCUAGAUUGGGAUCAGACGCUUCGCGACCUGCAGAUGCAGAUACAAGAGCAAAUGAUCGAGAUGCACGAAUAUGAGCAGUACGGCCUCCAGAACAUCAAGAAUGCACUUGGAGCUUCUUUUGCAAGCGAUUCGCGUCUCUUCAAUCUGCUACUAGUCGUGCAGCAAGACAUGGAUCAGCCGGCAGGCAACGAUGAGAGCAGUCUCUUUUCGACGACAUUUGGUGCAAAUUCGGAUAAGACUCUCGAUCCGUUCAACUCGUACGGCAUGAUGAUGGUCGCGACCCCUGCAGAGUCCGAGCUUUCUCUAGAUGUCAGCUUUGACACAGCGUCUGUUAGCAGAAAUGAGUGCAAGCGCUUUGUGGAGCAGCUUGAACACCUGCUUCAUCUAUUCUGCACUGCAGAACAGCAAAGUUGCAAGCUGCGAACUCUGUCGUACGCGAGUACUUCAGACGUUCAGCAAGCACUGGCAUGGAGCGGCGCCACGAUGCCACUUCCUUACGAACCCGUUGUCCACCUGAUCCGCCGCAAGAUUGAGGCUCAGUCGUCUCGUCUCGCUAUAGAUGCUCACGAUUCAAGGCUAACGUAUGAUGACCUUUGGCGUCUGUCAUCACAGCUGGCGAUAUCACUUCGAAAACAUGGCGUUCAAGGCUGCAUGAUCCCUCUCUGCUUAGAAAAGUCUUCUUGGUUGGCUGUUGCCAUGUUGGCGGUGCUGCGCGCUGGAGCCACUGCUGUACCUGUAUCGUUUUCUAUACCUGCGGACAGAGCGCGACACAUUGCAAAGACGUGCAACUCCACAGUCGCAAUCAGUUCACGGCAAGUGGUCACGUCCUGCUCUUUUGCCGGUGCGCACAAAGUUUUGCUAGUGGAAGAUCUGCUUGACGAGGCCAACGAGGUUGAUGAGAAUGAGCUCGUUCUGGCAGAUUUCCAGUACGCACACUCAAGUCCAGCUGUUGUCGUGUUCACUUCUGGUACAACUAGCUCAGCGAAGGCUGUGCUGUGGAGCCAUCUUACGCUCAGCAGCAAUGUGCAGGCCGCUAUCGAAUUGUUUGGACUGAACAAUGACAGCAGAAUCCUGCAGUUCGCGGCUUACGAUUUUGACGUGAGCAUCGUUGAGAUCUUUGCAGCGCUGUGUGCUGGAGGAUCUGUCUGUGUACCCCGUCAAUCAGAGCUUUCGGACAGGCUAUCACACGCUAUCGACAGCGCGCAGGCAAAUUGGGUAUGCCUGACACCUUCUGUCGCUUCGUUCCUCGAUCCAGCGCAGCUGCCAGCUCUGCAAACUAUUGUGCUCGCGGGCGAAAAGGUGACGCCAACCUGCGCGCGCAAUUGGAUCGACGCGGGUCUGAGAGUGAUCGUGUGGUACGGCCCAGCUGAGGCGUCCGUAGCGACUUGCGGCGUUUUGGGCAAGCACGACUGGCCGACCGGGCUCAUAGGUCGAAGCAAGUAUGCACGCACAUGGGUCGUCGAUGUUCACGACUCUUGGAAGCUGGCACCCAUUGGCACUGUAGGGGAGCUCUGCAUUGAAGGUCCGAUAGUUGCUGAUGGCUACAUCGACAGUAACGCGGAUGAUAGUGCUUUCUCCAAGCUGACAGCUGUUGAACAAAUCACGGCCGAUCGCAGCGACGUAUGGAGCUCGUGCUACCGAACAGGCGACUACGUCAAGUUCGACGAUAAAGGCAGCCUCGUCUACGUGGGUAGAGGUACCGACACAUGGGUUAAGAUACACGGCAGACGCAUACAGCUUUCCGAUGUCGAGGAAGCGGCUCGAACAUUCUUUGCAGGUCGACCAGAUGCUCGCAUUGUAGCAGAUGUGGCAUCUUUCGCCGACACAAACUCUGCAAACCUGGUACUUUUUGUAUGCAGCAACGGACAGCGUGGAGAUCAACAUGAGCUGAGUCUCGACAGCACACGGGACACACAUCUGUUCCCGCUGCUGCGGCGUCAUCUGGCCAGUCUACUCCCAGAGUACAUGAUCCCCACAUACUUCAUUCCGGUUGACACGAUCCCGCUCGCUAGGACUGGAAAAGUCGAUAGACGAAGGCUUCAUCGUUUCGCCAACAAACUUCGUCGCGAAGAACUACUGAUUCUUGCCGACGCAGGAGCCAUUGAUGAGCAAUCCCUAUCGCAUUUGGAGAAGCUUAUAGCGGAAAUAUGGGCACCUGUGCUUGGGAUUGAUCUUGCUCGAAUUCGACGUGACGAUCAUUUCUUCCGCCUGGGAGGAGACUCAGUCGCCGCAAUGCGUUUGGUCGCCCUGGCUGACCGCAGAAAUGUCCGUAUUAGUACGGCACAGGUCUUUAAGCAUCCCAUUCUGUGCGACAUGGCCGCCAGAGCAAUUACCAGCGAUCAUCGCACGUUUGAGGUAGUUCCGACGUUUUCUCUGCUGGACACUAAGGACAUCGCCACUGCAAUUAGUGCUGCAGCUCGGCUGUGUAAUGUAGCACCUGCCAGAGUCAUGAACAUGUAUCCAUGUACGGCGCUGCAACAGGGACUGCUAGCGCUCACUGCACGAAAUCCGGGACAGUACGUGUCUAGAAGUGUGUUGCAACUGCAAGACGACAUCGACUCCUUGCGAUUUCAACGCGCCUGGCUCGAAACCGUAGAAGACUUUUGUAUACUCAGAACCCGCAUCGUUGACCUCCCCGGGGCGGGACUGGUGCAAGUUGUCUUACAAAACCUACCUAUGCAGCACGGCUCAGAUGUUGAGAAAUACCUUCAGGCAGACGAGCGACAGCACAUGUCCUUGGGAGACGACCUUUGCCGCGCAGCCUUAAUCGAUCGUUCCUUCGUUCUCACGAUUCAUCACAGCAUAUACGAUGGCACUUUCCUUUCCAUGCUCCUCAGCAAGCUUGAGGCAAAGUACUUCUCGAGAGCAGGACAAAGCACAAUGUCCUUUGAAGUCUUUGUGCGGCAUACAUUGCGUGUCCCAGUCGAUGAUUCCAAAGAGUUCUGGAGACGUAGAUUCGCCACUAUCGAAUGUCAACCAUUUCCACAGCUACCACCAGAAAUCAACGAGCCACGCGCUAACCGUGAAUGUGCCCGCGAUAUUGCUGUGCGCUGGCCACGCGAGGGCAGUACACCUUCAAUCGUAAUUCAGUCCGCCUGGACCGUACUUGCGGCACGCUUCUCGAUGACUGAUGCAGUAUGUUUUGGUACGGUCCUGAGCGGAAGACAAGUUGAUCUGCCCGGAGUAGAGAACUGUGCUGGGCCAACCGUCUGCACAGUUCCCAUCCCGGUUUCUGUCGAUUGGAAAGAAAGCAUCGCGGCCCUCCAGAUUCGACUUCGACAGCAAGACCUGGAUGCGUUGCCUCACCAACAGUACGGGAUCCACAACAUUGCCAGCUCAGCAAGCAAAUCUAAUCCUCAAGAUUUGUUUCAGACACUGCUAGUCGUACAUCCCGCCUCAACUGGCAAAACACUGCAGUCAGACAAUCCCAUAUUCAAAGCUCGUAGCUUUGGAGCCACGUUGGCCACCCUGGGCACUGACCCUUUCAAUGCCCACGCGCUCAUGGUGUCAUGCUGGCUGAGCACUGAUGGCAUUCGCCUAGUCGUGAGCUUUGACGAUCGCGUCCUGACUGAGUCUCAGGUCCAAAUGAUAAUGCACACAUUCGACCGCACUCUUCAAGACAUGUGUGAGCGCCCUGAGAGAGAUCUGGGCGAAGUUGCCGCAGUGUCGGCUGAAGAGCUCCAUUCCUUCUGGAGUCAGCAGCCAGAAGCUCAAGAGUAUUAUCACGGCGGAUCGAUUAAAAUCAAGACCGUUGCGCGGGUGCAGUAUGACCCUGUCAAAACGCGUGAAAGGCAAGAUGACACUUUUGGAAACUCAAGUACGCCUCAGCAACCCGACCGCCUUCGUGAGCAAGCCGCAUCUUUGUGCGGCCUUGACGUAGACAAUAUCGAAGAUCUGUAUCCAUGCACACCGCUGCAGGAAAGUCUGGUCGCGCUCUCCGAGCGGCGACCAGGAGACUAUGUCGGAAACGACACUCUCCAACUAGCGCCGUCAGUGGACCUUCUUCGAUUUCGCGCUGCCUGGGAGGCUGUCGUUCAGGCGAUACCCAUUUUGAGGACACGAAUUACCCACAUUCCCGGUGAAGGCUUGGUCCAGAUAGUCGGGCGUGAUGCGGCCCCAUGGUCGACUGCAAGUACUUUGUCCGAAUUUGCCCGCGAGGUGCAGCAAACGCCAAUCUUUGUGGGGGCUUCACUUGCCAGAUACGGACUCGUAACUGACCAAGACAAAUCGAACUGGAUCUUCGCCUUAACAAUACACCACGCAGCUUAUGAUGGCAUCACCAACACUCUGAUUCGUGAGGCACUCGGGGCAUUUUACGAUCAGCAAGCGCUGCCUCUGCUACUUCCGUUCCGGCGGUUCGUGAACGACACUAUGUCUCGUGAUCCGGACGCCGAGCGUGAUUUCUGGAGUGCUCAAUUUGAAGGUCUGGAUGUGCAGCACUUUCCCUCGUUUUCGCAUAAUCAAAUGCCUCGGCCUGACUCGUUGCUCACGCAAUCUGUCGAAGGGUUGACAUGGGGCAAAGGUGACAUUCUACCUUCGACCAUCGUUCGAGCCGCUUGGGCGCUGGUGUGCUCAAGGUACUCCAGCUCCCACGAUGUUGUCUUCGGAACGAUUGUGUCCGGCCGUCAGGCACCGCUUGAUGGCAUUGACCGUGUUUGUGGUCCUACGAUUGCGGCAUUGCCUGUCAGGAUCCUCGCGAGACCGGGAACUGAGGUGGGCGCUUUUCUGCAGGCGGUGCAAAGUCAGGCUCUUGAGAUGAUACCAUUUGAGCAGACUGGUAUAGCACGUAUAUCCAGUAUUAGUGAGUAUGCGCGUGAAGCUUGCGACUACAGGUCUAUGCUCGUCAUUCAGCCUGAGCAGAACAUGCAGAUGGCUGAGAGUACACUAUUCAUCGCCCAGGAUUCGGACCACCAAUCGCUGGACUCAUACCAUAGGUUCAACAGUCACGCGCUCAUGGCUAUCUGUACGCUGGGCAAGCAGAGGCUGUCCUUCCAGUUGAGCACCGACUCCGGGAUCAUCGACGAAGACACCACUUCACUCCUAGCCGGUCAUUUCUCGCAGGCUGUUCGCGAGCUGUGCGAAGCCAGCACUAGUGCGAGACUUUCUGAGCUGAGCAUGACUACGGAGCAGGAGCUGGACCAGAUAUGGCGCUGGAAUGAACUCAUUGAAUCGUCAGCAGACACGUGCGUACACGAAAUGAUAUCAAGAGUAGCUCAAUCGACGCCAAAUGCCAUCGCCAUCUCUGCAUGGGAUGGUGACCUUACCUACGAGCAACUGGACAGACUUUCAACCUCGAUCGCCCAGCGAAUACUGAAAUUCAAGAUCACCGACAACCAGAUUGUUCCAAUCUGCUUCGCAAAGUCCAUGUGGACCACGGUAGCCUUCCUUGCGGUGGCCAAAGCUGGCCAUGCGGUCUUUAUACUGGAACCUAACUCGCCCGAAACUCGUUUGCGAAAUAUCAUGGUUCAGAUCAAGCCCGAAUUGAUAAUCACCUCGAGUUCAAAUGAGCCACUAUGCUCGAAGUUCUGUGAGCAGGUCCUCUGCGUCGACUCCGCGUUGGAAUCAGUAUCCUGCCAUGACCUGAAUGACAACCCUGAUCUUCAGCUACCUCACGUCACACUGCAGGAUACAAUGUACAUCAUCUUCACUUCCGGUAGCACUGGAGAGCCCAAAGGCUGCAUGAUCUCCCACGGCAAUAUGAGCAACGCAGUGGCGCUGCAGAAGUCCUGUCAUCGAAUUGGCGGCACAUCACGGGUGUACGACUUUUCUGCAUACUCGUUCGACGCGCAUCACUGGUGUCUAACACACACUCUUUGUGCCGGCGGUACGCUCUGUGUGCCUUCCGAGACUGAGAAGCAAGAUCGACUGCUGGAAAGUCUCCAGUCGUACCGCGUGACUGAUCUGCUCGUCACACCCGCGACUGCAAGAAUGAUAGACCCAGCUUCCGUUCCCACACUUCGCAACGCCAUCAUCGUGGGAGACAGGAUGCAUAGCGAGGAACUCACUCCAUGGGCGGCUAGCACCAAUCUCACAUAUGCAUACGGGCCAUCGGAGACAACCUGCUGGGCGACAAGCUGGAAGGUGCCAUGUUCGGUGCCGCGAAGCAUCAUGAUUGGCAAAGGCAACGGGCAGGUAACUUGGAUUGUGGAUCCUGACAACUUCGAUCGGCUUUCUCCAAUAGGAACUGUCGGUGAGCUGUGCUUAGAAGGCCCCCUGGUGGGGCAGGGCUACUUUGGUAACGAUGGAAGCACACGUGCAUCAUUCGUCGACUCUCCUUUAUGGCUCACGAGAGGUUGCGAAAGUGCCCAGGGAAGGCAGGGGCGGGUCUAUCGCACUGGCGACCUGGUCAAAUAUAACCCAGCAGACUGCAAUAUCAUCUUUGUAGGACGAAGAGACAACCAAGUCAAACUCCACGGCAGGAGACUCGAAUUGGGAGAAAUUGAACAGCACCUCGUCAACGGCUUGGCUCGAAGAACAACGCCACCGCUUCUCGCAGCAGAGCUCGUCACGCCCGCCGCCUUAGCGAGGCCUGUCCUUGUGGUCUUUCUGCAAGUCCAGGAAUUGAAUUGGGAGACGCUGCAAGGCCAGCUAGAGGAGCUCCGUAGCGAGUUGGGGGAGCGUUUUCCGUCGUACAUGAUACCCUCCACAUUCGUACCUCUGUCGGCGAUGCCACUCAACUCUUCAGGCAAAGUCAAUCGCAGGAAGCUGAGAGAGAUUGGAAGCGACUUAGAUGUUGCCCAACUUGCAGCUUCGUCGACUCAAUCGAUUGCUUCUCCUCCAGCAACGGACCGAGAACGCAAACUGCAGAAUAUGUGGUCACAAACACUGCACAUCUCUCUGGAAACAAUUGGGCAGGACAGCAACUACUUCCGCGUCGGCGGAGACUCCAUCUCGGCCAUGCAACUAAUGACGACCGCCCGUCGGCAGGGCUUUUCGUUGGCAGUUUCCCAGAUAUUGACAAGGCCGUGCCUGAAAGAUAUGGCAGAUGCGAUGGAGCCGCUGGAUGUAGGAGCACAGGCACCCAGCAUCGAACCGUUUUCACUUCUGAAUCAUCCUAGAAAGCGUGAUGAGAUUCGACGUGAGAUCUCCCGCCAGUGCAGCGUGAGCAUCGACAGCGUGGAGGAUGGUUAUCCCUGUACGGCUGUGCAGAAGUCCCUUCUCGCUGUCACCUCAAAGCGGCCAGGAGACUAUAUAGCGCGCAUUCCAAUCGAACUAGCCGACGAGGUCGACCUAUCUCAACUCCAAGAGGCAUGGGAGCAAGUGAGUAACGUGGCGGCGCCGAUUCUACGUAACCGAGUCGUGGCUAUCGAAGAUGAAGGUUUUGUUCAAGCGCAGUUGCGACUUCCUCUGGAAUGGAGCGAGCACGAAAGCGUCGAAUCGUUUCUGGAAUGUGAUAACAACCAAUCUAUGGGGCUGGGUACAAGUUUGACGAGAUUGGCUAUCGUGAAGGACGCGAAAGCCAGCAGAAUCCUGUGCAUCCUGAUCCAGCAUCACGCCAUAUAUGAUGGGGUGUCCAUUGCCCUAUUGCUGGACAAGGUGAGCAGCGCAUACAAACGGACCGACAAGUACACUACUCCCGCUCCUUUCCAGCGAUUCAUUCAGCAUGUCCUUGGGAUAAGCAAAGAAAAGUCCAGGGACUACUGGAGAAAGCAGUUCUCAGGCUGCAAGGCGACCAGUUAUCCCGAUCUUCCUCAUGAAGGGUAUCAACCACAAGCCAAUAGUACUGUCUCUGCCAGUAUCGCAGGCUUGACCUGGCCGAAGCAAAACGUUACCCCUGCUAUCGUCGUACGAGCAGCGUGGGCAAUCCUAUCAGGCUGUUACACCGACUCUGAAGACGUGGUGUUCGGAGUGCUCAGUACAGGUCGCCACGCUCCAGUGGACGGGAUUGAGAACAUAAUUGCGCCGUUGAUCGCUGCACUACCCGUGCGGGUUCCACUGGAACCGACCACGACUGUGCACAAACUGCUCUCCGCGAUGCAAAACCAAUCGAUCGAGAUGACCCCAUAUGAGCAGACGGACCUGUCUGACAUUCAAUCCUCGAGCGAAGAUGCCGCUUCUGGAGCCAAAUUCAACGCUUUGCUUGUCAUCCAACACUCGGAUCAAGCGGCUGGACUGACGUGUACGAAUGGGCCAUUCCAGCACGUCUCUCAUUCGUUGCAUGAUGGAGACCUGAAUCACUUCAACCCUCACGCAGCUAUGAUCAUGUUACAGUUGAACCGUUCAGGAGAUCUCCGUAUUGAGGUCAACUUCGAUGCCAAAGUGAUCGGAUCUGCACAAGCAGAACUUUUGCUCGCGCACUUUGAGCGGAUUUUGCGUCAAAUAUGUGCAUCGUCACCUGUCGACAUGGUCAAAGACAUCAGUGCGUUGAGUGAACGAGAUAUCGAGACGCUGUGGAAGUGGAACGCCGAACCUCCAGCAGCGACCCCUGCAUGCGUGCACGAUUUGAUUGCCAGCACUGCUUCCACGUAUCCCGACAGCCAAGCGCUUUGUGCAUGGGACGGCGAGCUGACAUACCAUGAGCUUGACACGCUGUCAAACAAACUGGCCAAGCAGCUGCUGCAUUGCGGCGUGGCGCCUGGCAGUGUCGUCCCACUUUGCUUCGAAAAGUCCAUGUGGCAACCAGUGGCUGCUCUGGGAGCAAUGAAAGCAGGCGCUGCUUGCGUUUCUAUUGACUGCACGCAGCCGGAAGGGCGACUACGCUCGAUUAUUGCUCGGAUCGAGCCCAAAUUCAUCCUUAGUUCCAAUGCCAACCAAGCCAUGGCUGACAGGCUGUACACCGCGACUGUGUUAGUCGUUGGGCAGGAUUUGCGCGAGUUGCAGCCGCUUAGCGACAUCUCCCUUCCCAGAGUCAGUUCGCACGACAUGCUGUACGUAGUCUUCACCUCCGGCUCAACUGGCGUGCCGAAAGGGGUUGUCACCACCCAUCAGAACUUCGCUUCAGCAGCGACACAUCAGAGGAAGCGCCUGAAAGUGAGCCAUGGGACCCGCGUCUUCGAUUUCGUCUCCUACAGCUUUGAUGUGGCGUGGUCGAAUCUUCUCAACACCCUCAUUUGCGGCGGCUGUCUUUGCAUCCCGUCUGAGAGCGAUCGCAAGAACGACAUUCCUGGGGCCUUCAACAGAUUGAAAGCUAACUACUCAUAUUUCACACCUACUGUCGCCCGUUCUCUGAAUCCCCUGGCCUUACCGGAACUGAGAAUACUGGCGAUGGGCGGUGAGCCGAUACCUGCGACUGAGAUCAGUCGGUGGAGACAGGUAGAGAGCGUCGUGGGAAUUUAUGGCCCGGCAGAGUGUGCGCAAGCACUGUGCUUCAUCGACUUGACGCGCGAAAGCCCUUCGAAGCAUGUCGGCCGGUCAUUCGGUGCAAGGACUUGGCUUGUUGAGCCUGGUCGUGUUGAUCGACUGGCUCCUAUUGGUGCCGUGGGAGAAUUGGUCAUAGAAGGCCCAGCCGUGGCCAUGGGCUACUGGAAUGACGAGGAGACGACAAAUGCAUCGUUUCUAGCAUGUCCAGCCUGGCUCGCGGAAAGGAAUGGCAAUGCCAGCCGAGUUUACAAGACUGGUGAUCUCCUUCGAUACAACGCCGAGGACGGCACUCUCAUAUUCGUUGGUCGAAAGGAUCAAAUGGUCAAGCUACGAGGCCAGCGGAUCGAGCUGAGCGAGGUUGAGCACCACGUGCAAAAACUUCUGCGAGCGCACACGGCAUUGUGCAAAUCCGUCGCCGCAGAGAUCAUCACGCCAUGCAACAGUAAGGCACCCAUUCUCGCGGUGUUCCUGGCCCUAGCGGACCAGGACGUGGCCUCGCAUGAUCGACUCGACCGGACGUUGCGCCUGACUCGAGCCCUGGAAGAAGUUGAAGAAGAUCUCGUGGAGGUCCUGCCGCAAUACAUGAUUCCAGGAGCAUACAUCGUCCUUGAUGAGAUGCCAAUGACGACCACGGACAAGAUAGAUCGUCGAGCUCUUCGACAGAUAGGAGGCCAGCGAAGACUCGAAGACCUUGCCAGCAUGCAACUCCAUGGAGGGAAGUCCUCGCAGAAGUCGCCAAGCACAGACAUGGAGCGAAGGAUCCAGCAGCUCUGGUCGCAGAUUCUGGGUAUCGAGGCUUCGAGCAUCAAGUCUCAGAGCAGUUUCCUGCGUAUUGGAGGCGAGUCGAUAUCUGCGAUGCGCCUAGUCGCCGCGGCGAGACAAGCUGGGAUCUCUUUCACUGUUGCAGAUAUCUUUCGCAACCCUCGACUGAGUCAAUUAGCGCAGGUGGCUGAGGAGAUCCAGGUGGAGCCAGAGCUGAAGGCAGCAUCGUUCUCUCCGAGAAAGCCUUUCUCACUCUUGCCAACAAGUGCUUCGAAUGGGCAUAUGGAGUUCCUUUACGACGUCGUGGAACCCCUUCUCGGCGGUGGGGUGGAUGUGGAUGAUAUACAAGACGUGCUUCCUGCGAGUGACUUCCAAGCUCUCGCUGCACGAGAGGCCUUGCAAACUCCGCCUGGACGCCUGCCACACUUCCUUCUCGAUCUUCCAAGAGACAUUGACGUUGCUCGUCUGCGAUGGGCCUGCAAGCGCUUGACCGAGCACUUUGGCAUUCUUCGGACUGUGUUCAUCGAACUAGAAGGAAGAGUGUGGCAGGUGCAGCUCAGCAACUUGAGGAUGCGCUUCGAGGUUACCAAAGCGGAGAACGAGGACAUCAAUGCCAAAGUCCAAAAAGUCUGUGAGCGAGACCUGAAGAGACGGAAGACGUGGGGUGAGACUCUGGUAGCCUUCAUGGUGGUGACGAGCCCUUUGCAACAACAGAAGUUCAUCUUCAGAAUGUCGCACGCUCAAUUCGACGACCACAGCUGCGCAUCAAUGUUUCAGGCUUUGACAGCGUUCUACCUUGGUGAGAGCAUGCCAGCACCACGGACAGGGUUUGGAGAUCUUAUUUCUUUCCGCGAGCACAACAAGACUGCAAGCCUUGAAUACUGGCGGAAUCGCCUAUAUGGUGCCUCAGCACAGUUCCACGCUGAAAAGACCAACCAGGAUCAUGUUGUUCUGGCGCCGGGAGAUCCAUUGUCGUUCCAGAUCAGUAUACCACUUCCACCGUUAAAGGCGUGUAGAGGUAUACCACUGGCCACGAUUUUCCAUGCAGCAUGUGCGAUUGUGCUGGAACAACAAUACAAAUCGCAGGACGUUAUCUUCGGACGCCUUGUCAUAGGCCGCGCGCUGCUUCCUGCAGAGCUUCAGGAGACCGUCGGUCCUUGUCUGGUGGAACAGCCCAUAAGAUAUCGAGUGCAAUCCGGAGAUGACCUCUGGAGUGUUGCACAGGGGCUGCAGCGGCAGUUCAUUGAGGACGCAAGCCACGAAGCAGCUGGCAUGGUAGAGAUUAUUCGUCAGGCGACAUCUUGGCCUGCCGAGUGUUGCGAUUUUGGCUGGAGGACAGCGUUUCAGCAAGGAGAUGGUGGCGUGCUACCAUUCCUGGGCCAAGCUGGAGUGCGCAUUACUGCAUUCGAGAGACCGCAUCCUCCGCGCUGUCGACCCGAGAUAUAUGCUACGCCAGGAUCUGACAAGCUCGAGCUAUCUUUCGAGGGCAAUCGCGUGACGCACAAUGAGGAAGAGGUCCGAUCGAUCGUUGAACAGGUAGCGAAGUUGCUUGCAACAUGUGUUGCGUAGUUAGGGGACCGUGGUAGUUCCAGCAUCAUGCAGCGCAGAG